CGAUGAAAGCCGUUAAAGGCUCCACUUUUCCCUCUCGCUGCGUACCGAGCUGUCCCCUGCACCUGACAGCGUGGGCUGCCUUGGAGGGACCCCGCGACAGGUCAAUUGGGCCCCGCUUGCCCCGCUGGCCCUGCCUUCCACUUCUGUGAGACGAUGGAGAAUGCGCUAACUGGGCCACGACACGCCAACACGCCAGUAAGGAGCAGCCUCCGACCCCCGAGCGGGACAGGAGCUCAGGGUGGGAUUGGAGCUGUUUUGGAGUAGUGUACAGUAUCGUCAACACCCAAGCCCAGACUCCAAUCUCUCUCCUCCCCCACGCACGUCUCUUCCACCCGACCUAGUUCUUCGAUCCGUCCUCAGCCUUUUCAUCUCUCAACUCCCCCCCUGGACGUGAGGGCAGCUUCAAAAGUCCCACACGACUCUACGACCUUACAACGACGACGACGAUCACCACCCCAAGCUUGACAGCACCCCGCCUACCCUCUCCUAGUGCGCAUCCACCACAUUCGUCAGGAACAAUGCCGCCGACCGAAGAGUCCAAGCCUGUUGACCCGGCCCAGGAGAAGCAGGCCGCCGAGGCUCUUGCUUCCCUCAAGGAAGCUCAGCAGCCCGCCGCCGACGAGUCCGGCUCCGAAGAUGAGGGCGCCGACGGCACCGCCCAGGAGGCUGGAUCCGGCUCCACAAAGAAGAAGAACAAGAAGAAGAGCAAGAAGAAGAACAAGGACAAGUCCGCCUCUACCGAAUCCUCUGCCGAGGUGGGCUUGACGGAGGCGCUGGCGCAGGCAGACCCCAAGUCAGCACUCAGCGGCUUGACCCCCAAGCAGAUUCAAGAGUUCAUCGACCUGAACCCCGCCCUUGCCAACGAGCUGCUGGCGGCGUCUGGGAGCUCGGGAACAACCGACGUGAUGGAGGCCUUCAAGAAACUCAAGAUCCAGGAUAUCAUCACCGGUCUGGCGAGCAGUGGAAAGAACCGUAAGGACAUGGCGUCAUACAAGUUCUGGGCCACCCAGCCUGUGCCCCAGUUCGACGAGAAACCAGCCAUCUUCGAGGAAGGACCCCUCAAGAUCCAAAAAGUCGAAGACAUUCCCGAUGAGCCGAUCCCACUGAACCUGGCGCCUUUCCGAUGGGUCACCAUGGACCUCACAGACGAGAAGCAGAUGCAGGAGGUCGAGAAGCUCUUGUACGGUCACUUUGUGGAGGACGACGAGGCCAUGUUCCGUUUCAAGUACUCGACCUCUAUUCUCAAGUGGUCGCUCAUGUCUCCUGGCUGGAGAAAGGAAUGGCACGUCGGUAUCCGUAGCGGUGACACUCUUUGCGCUUUCAUCGCUGCCGUUCCUACCGAGAUCCGCGUUCGCGACAAGGUUAUCCAAGGCUCCGAGGUCAACUUCCUCUGCAUCCACAAGAAGCUUAGAGGCAAGCGCUUGGCUCCCGUCCUCAUCAAGGAAAUCACUCGUCGCAUCAACCGUGAGGGUAUCUGGCAAGCCAUCUACACCGGCGGUAUCGUCUUGCCCAGGCCCGUCAGCACUUGCCGCUACUACCACCGUGCGCUCAACUGGCAGAAGCUGUACGAGGUUGGUUUCAGCCCGUGCCCUUCAAACAGCAAGCCGGCCUUCCAAGUCCGCAAGUACGCCCUUCCGGAACAGACGUCGACCAAGGGACUUCGCGAACUUCAGGUCAAGGAUCUCGACGCGGUACACAGCCUGCUUGAGCGCUACCUGAAGCGUUUCGACCUCACCCCAGUAUUCAACCGGGAGGAGACGGAACACUGGCUCCUUCACAAGAAGGAUUCUUAUGCCGAGCAGGUCAUCUACUCGUAUGUUGUUGAGGAUGCCUCGGGCAAAAUCACCGACUUCUUCUCCUUCUACCUUCUCGAGUCGACAGUCAUCAGGCACCCGAAGCACAAUUCGAUCCGCGCUGCUUACAUGUUCUACUAUGCCACCGAGACUGCUUUCACCGAGCCCUUCGACAAGGGGGCUCUUACGAAGCGCCUGAACGAUCUGAUGGCGGAUGCCCUGAUCCUCGCCAAGCGCCACAACUUUGAUGUCUUCAACGCUCUUUCUCUCAUGGACAAUGCGCUCUUUCUGGAGAAGCAGAAGUUCGGACCGGGUGACGGCCAGCUUCACUACUACCUGUUCAACUACAAGGCGAACCCCAUCCACGGUGGUGUUGACAAGAAGAACAGGCUGGACGAGGAUAACUUGAGCGGUGUCGGGUUUGUCAUGGUCUAAGAGGGUUUUGGGUUAGGGUGUUGUUGACUGCUUUCAGUGUGGCUGAUUGUACUGUGUUUGAACAAGACUUGCCUGCAUAUAAACAAUACCCGAUGGAUACCAGCGGGGUUAGCAUCAAAAGCAAUUGUAAUAGUAUUGAUAUUCAGCCAGCCUGGCGCUGCCAGACG